AUCCCCGCCCGCUGCCCCUCGGGAUCCCUCUGUCUGCACGCAGACACGCCCUCGUCCUCAGUCCGUCUCCUUCCUCCGCCCAGUCCGGGUUACGUGGCAGCGUUGCCGUCACCAGCAGCACCACAGCGGCGGACAUAUUACACGCCGGCGUGGGCGAUAGCCCCAACCGAAUAAGUCGCUGCGAUUCCCAGCUGCUGCCUGUAGCAGCCUCGUGUGCCCGGGUCCGAGCUGCUGCCGGUGACACGUGCCCCCUUGCAGAAAAUGAUGGAAGAGAGUGGCAUUGAGACGACUCCUCCGGGCACGCCUCCCCCCAGCACCUUGGGGACAUCAAGUGCAGCUGCUCCAGUUAUUGCCACGCCAAUUCCACCAGUUUUAUCAAGUCCUCUGGCUGGUCCAACCUUCCCAUCUGUCCAGUCUUUCUCUCCCCCUACAUUCUCUUCUCCCCUGCCACCUUCUACUGUUCCUCCCAUGAGAACAUCUGCUCCUCUCCCAUACACACCUCCACCUCCUGCCUCCGGGGUAAUAUUGCCUCCUCUCCACACCUCAGCACCUGGAGCUUUCAGCAGUCCAUUGCCGUCCUUUUCUUCUGCUUCUUUCCCACCUGGUCCUCCUCCCCUGAGCUCCACCCCUGGUCCUGUCUUGUCCGCACCACCUAUGGGUCCUCCGGUCACUGGCUUUUCCGUAACCUCCACUUAUGAUAUCACAAAGGGUCAUGCUGGGCGAGCACCACAGACGCCAUUGAUGCCAUCAUUUUCUGCACCCCCUCUCACAGUGCUACCAAAUCCUGUUGUCCAAAAUGCGUCUGGUACAGCAGGUUCUUCUAUAACCUUUCCAGAGGAACCUGAAGACCCCAGGGUGCAUGCAAUGCCACAAGAAGGAUCUGCUGGUGGAAUCUGGGGUUUCUUUAAGGGAGUUGCUGGAAAUCCUAUGGUGAAAUCUGUGCUGGAUAAAACCAAACACUCAGUGGAGAGUGUGAUCACCACCUUAGACCCUGGUAUGGCUCCAUAUAUCAGAUCUGGAGGAGAACUUGAUGUAGUGGUAACGUCUAACAAAGAGGUAAAGGUGGCAGCUGUGCGAGAUGCUUUUCAGGAAGUCUUUGGCAUGGCUCUUGUAACAGGGGAAGAUGGGCAAUCUAACAUUGCUCCACAACCUAUAGGAUAUGCUGCUGGGCUAAAGGGAGCCCAAGAAAGAAUAGAUGGCUUGCGCCGGAGUGGUGUGAUCCAUGAGAAGCAGCCCGCUGUGUCAGUGGAAAACUUUCUUGCUGAGCUUCUCCCUGAUAAGUGGUUUGACAUUGGCUGUGUAAUUAUUGACGACCCAAUGCAUGGAAUACGUUUAGAAAACUUCACACAAGCCACCCCUGUGCCUCUGGAAUAUGUUCAACAGGCUCAAAAUCUCACCCCACAGGACUACAAUCUCCGGUGGUCUGGCCUGUCGGUGACGGUGGGUGAAGUGCUGGAGAGAAACUUACCACAUGUCAGCAGGACAGAUUGGCAUGUAGCAUUCACAGGCAUGUCCCGUAGGCAGAUGAUCUACAGUGCAGCCAAAGCUCUUGCAGGGAUGUACAAGCAGAGACUUCCACCAAGAAUUCUUUGAAAACCAUUAGCAGGACAUGAAGCUUUUUUUUUUUUUUGAUUGCGCUAUGUUAGAUCUGAAAGGAAGUAGACCAAAUGACCUGGAAGAAACUAGUUUUUGAAUAUUUAAAGAAAAACAAGCAACCCAGCAAAAGAUGCCUUCCAUGGAAUUACCAACUCUUGUAUAAGCCAGAGUUGCAUUUUUUUUUUUUUUAUAUAUGCAAAAUAUUUGAAAAUGUCCUUUUCUUUCCACAUGCGACACUAAUGCAUGUCUAGCUGCUGUAGGAGAGGAUUUGUAUCAGUUGGUAGACACAUCACAGGAGUAUACAUUAUAUACUGCCGUACCUUUACCUUCUUCUAUAGAUACUUAAUAAAGCAGAUGAUGUGGUUGGGAAAUGUAUGAAAAUUCAAUAGUGGAAACUUUCAUUUCUGUGUGUUUCAGUGUAUAGUACAAAAUGUCCAUUCAAUUUCAAAUCGGAAACAAUCCUCCAACCAGAAUUAUAUAUUGUGAUUGCACCUUAAUUGUUUGUUUUCUAAUUCUAAUAUGGUAGAUAUUGCAGUGCGAUUCCACAGGACUAAUACACUGUUCUGUAUUGACCUAGAAAUAAUGCAUUCCACUACUCUCUCUUUUAUUUAAUAACUUAAACGUAUACAUUUCUAUUAACGUAACGCAGGUAAAUACUGUGUGUUUCUACUGUCUAUAGUGGUUCUCGGCCACAUGUGCUGAACACUGAUCCAGACUUCAUCUCACAGUCCUCUGUCCUUUCAAUAUUGAGGGAUUGCAGUUAUUCCCAAACAAGCACAUGAUCUGCGGGCUGAAGCUUACAGCUACAUUAUCUGAAUAAAAGCUUCUGCUCUUAGAGAGGCAAGAUUUACAUCUAUAUAUUUUAAAUGGAAUGCCACUCAGCAUUGGCUUAUAAAUCAUAUCCGUAGUCAGGCUUUGCUCUCCCUGAAACAUGUGGAAAUCGGUGUAUGGAAAUGUGCAUACCUAAAUAAAGGUGAAGGCUCUUGUGUCCUGAAACUCGUUAUCCGAAACCGGAAGGUAAAGUGUAAAAUUGCUGCAGUUCAGUACAUUAGACAGGAUCCUCUCUCUACAGUCGCUGGUCUUGCCGCAGGGCUCGACACAAUUUCUCCCCAAAUUGCCAUAAUAAUAAUGAAUUUAAUAAAAAAGCAGUAAUUGGUGUGCCUAGGUACAGAGCUGCAACUCGUAUCCUAUUUUACACUUAUUUAAUCAUGUGUUUUGCUUGUGAAAUAUGCAUUCACUAUUGGGCGCUUCAAUAACGCUCAAUAAAAUCUCUAAGACAUAAGGAACAAUUCUGUGUCUUGUCUACCAGCAUCAGUGCUUUUGCAGUCAGCAAAUUGGAAGCGAUUCCCCAGUGAUGGUGAGCAUCAUUAUUGUGUUUUUACACCUGCUCUUGAUCACCCCCAAAUUAUACGGCUUUGACAGGCAUAUAUGUGUUUCUCUGUGCCAUGUCUGUUUUAAUUAUGUGAACAUGUUCUUACUAUAUGUUAGUCUACCUCUGCCAACCCUGUCCCGCUACUCCAGGCGCAAGUGGGUGUUAUGGGCCAGGAUGGACACAAAUGUGUGCAGCUGCUUUUCGAAGCAGACACAGAGCGAUAUUACGUAAGUGACGCACAAACUGGCAUAGACCCCAUCAUCUCCCAACGGUAGAAGAACACUAAGGGUAUAUUUACUCAGUGGUAGCUUAUUAAAGCUGACGCAGGGCGGCAGUUCUGACAGCAGGAUUUAAAAGGACAAUAUCAUUGAAUGCAAAACAUUACUGGAGCUGCUAGCAAGUGUUUGCUUUGAAAAGCCUCUGCUUAGUAAAUAUAUCCCUAAAACCAAAGCAUUCUGGAUAAUAGAUCCCAUACCUGAACUCAACUGAAGUUCUAUUAAAAAUGGAAAUCGUGAUAACUGAAAUAUGCAUGUUAUUAUUGCAUAAAUACAUGUACCAUGCUUCUGUUAGAUCAGGGGUGAUUUACAUAUGAAGUCACUGGUUUGGCUGUUGCCUUGUGUACAAGCAGAGUAUCUCAAAGUAGAAACUUUAACACAUCUACCCUUCACCAUAAAAAUAUAGCUAUGAUUUGUGUCUGCUGGCAAGUGUAAAAACGAUUUGUGGAACACAUUUAUCAGCAAUUGAUAAAUUGUAUACUAAAGUCAUAUGAGUAUAUUAUUUAUGAUUGCAUCAGUAUGUUGCAUUUUGUAGUUCUUGCAAAAGAAAAUGGGCAGCUCAUAUCCCUUAACAAAACUUGUUUUACUCUUUUUACUAAAGAAAAGGUAGACUAUAAUCUGAUUUACAGUGUGUCAAAUGAAAUAUUUCAAUUAUGUUUUACGCGAUUAAAUGUUCUAUUUACUAAACCUUGGAAGGAGCUAAAGUACCAGUCAAUCAGCUCCUAACUGCCAUGGUACAGGCUGGGUUUGAAAAAUGACAACAAGGAGCUGGUUGGCUGGUACUUUAUCUCCAUCCAAAGCUUCGUAAAUAGAGCCCUAAAAUGAAAGACCAAGACCUGCUUUUUAUGAAAGUAGUGACCAUGUAUAAUCUCAUGCUAAGGAUUCUAAGGCUACAAAGGCUUUUCUUAAGAAAACCAUAUUCACAGAUGAGCUAAUACCUCUGCUUAGAAUGCUAGUUAUUUGCUAAUGCAGGUGAAAUCACUGCUCAUGAAUUCUGCAACCUGACAUCUGGAAGACUGUCGCUUUUUUAUUUUUUUUAAAUUAAAUGGCUAUUUGCACUGCAGAAAAUAGAAUCCCAGGUUUCCUUUAACUGAUAAGGAUUUUUUUUUUUUGAUGCACAUGCCCCCACUUUGCCCUAAAUACUACAUUGCAUUGCUGUAUUACAUGCCUAGAUGCUUACAUUUUUAUAAAAACCCUUUUGUUCCAUAGAAUUUUUUAUACUCAGUUUGGACACAUUUAACUAAUAUAUUUGCCAUUAGCUGUUAUAUGGAUCAGAAUAAAAUAAAUGUUUUACAAGUAAA